AGCCUCUUUACCCCCUGGUAAUGCGUUCCGCGACACAAACAAACCCCUUUGCAGCGUCGUAGUUGAUGAAUUGCCGAAGCUUCUGAACCAAUUCCGUUAGCAUGCCAUUGUGAUGAUUUUUUCAGAUUUACCGUCAAUUUUUUGUAUAUAAACGCUACUUGUUGCACCCUUAACUCCACUUCAUAUUUCUUGUUCGGCUCGUUUACAUCUACUUUUAUUUUUUUGACAAUUAGAAUCAACCUUAUCCAAUUUAAGAAAUGACUAGCGCUUUGGAUUUUCUAGGUCAAUUGCCUGGAACACUGUAUACUCAACUGUGUCUUUGUUACGGUGUAGAAGACUCAAUUCCCUAUCCACGACUUCUAAAGACAAUUAAAGACGGUUUGCAAAGGCUUGCCGCCGCCUUCCCUUGGGUAACGGGUGAACUGAUUACUGAGCCUGCUGGCAAUGGCCGUUCAGGCAUUCGGAAAAUCAGAUACUCAGGCAAAAUUCCGUUUACUGUGAAGGACCUGAGAAAUAAUUCGGAUAUGCCAACAAUGAAUGAACUUCGUCGCACAAACUUUCCUUUCCGCUCUCUUGACGAAAAUCUUAUUGCUCCCUGCGAUAGUGUUGCUUACUCAGAGAGUACGUCGGACUCCGAGUCUAACGCAGAACCGGUAUUUCUGGUGCAAGCUAAUAUCAUUAUUGGGGGUUUGGUACUUACCUGCGUCGCUCAUCACAGUGUCAUGGAUAUGACCGCACAGGGCGAAGUAGUGCGCUUACUUUCAAAGGCCUGUCACGGUAUUCCGUUUUCGUCGGAAGAAUUAGAAAAUGACGACCUACUUAAACGCACGCCGAUACCGAUGCUCCAAGAAUUAGAGGAACCAGAAACUGAACUUGCCCCACAACUAAGGGAACCGAGCGAGUCCCAUUAUCUUUGUUCUGGGACGAAAUUUAACCCCACGCUGCCUAGUACUGCCAAGUGCAGUUGGAAAUAUUUCCUCUUUAGCCAAGCGGCACUCGACGAUAUAAAAAUGCUGGCGUCUAGUGCUCUUUCAAACACCGGGAAGUUUGUUUCUACAGAUGAUUCAUUAACUGCGUUCAUCAGCCAAGCCGUAGUCCGUGCUCGUAUGCAUCGCUUGGAACCUACAGAAGACAUCAGUAUCUGUCGAUUCGUGAAUGUACGAAGCAUCUUAAACAUCCCUCGCACACACCCCGGUUUUUUGAUUAACGCUACCUAUACUACACAAGCGGCAGGAAAGAUGGCUACCGAGCUCCUAGGCCAUGUCGCCUUACAAUUUCGAUCGGCUUUGGAACCCAGCGACUUAGAACACAGAACUCGGGCACUUGCCACAUACCUUCACAAAAAUGAGGACAAAAGCGCCUUCUCGUUUGGAGCCAAAAUUGACCGAUCUAAGGGAUUGAUGCUCAGUUCAUGGGCAAAGUGCAAGAUUUACGGAUUAGAUUUUAACCUUGGGUUAGGAACACCUGAGGCCGUACGUCGUGCACAGGACCAACCAUUUGAAGGAUUCGGCUAUUUGAUGCCUAAGGCCCCUAAUGGUGAAAUUGCAUUGGCAAUCUGUCUGCGGGAUGAAGAUAUGCAACAUCUGAAGACGGAUGCUAAAUUCAUGAAGUAUGCAAAGUAUGUAGACUAAAAUGCGUACCGACUCUUUUUGCUUGUUAUGAUUAUUUAAUGAAUGUUUGUUUUUCA